AUGCUAUGGCAGCAGCACGUGGGCUUCACCGACCCGGCGGAGCCGCCCCUGCUGUACGACAGCAGCAGCUCGUCGUCCGCGGUGUCCUCCCAGUCUUCGGCCGCGGGGAGGGCGGCGGCGUCUCACGCGAGCGCGCGGCAGGAGAUGGUCGCUGUGGCGGAGGCCGAGGAGCGGGCGGCGUCGAUGCCUGAUGCGGCGCGAGAGACGCGGCUGAAGGUGUCUCACGGGUCGGCCCUCUUCAGGAUCGACAACGCGGGCAUAGAGCUCGUGGGCGCGGACAGCGAGCCCGCCAAGCUGCACCGCCGGAGGCGGGUUAUCUUCCCGGGCGGCGGAGAGCAGGCGCUCACGCUGCUCACUCUGCAGCCGCCGACCGCCGAGGUGUCGCUCGGAGAGCUGCUGCGCUCGCCGCUGCCGCCGCCGUUCGACCUCCUUCUCUCGGUGCCCGUCUACGUGCGCGCGUCGGGGGCGCUCCUCCCUCAGACGGGGGAGGAGCUCGAGGCGAUCUUCGCGCGGCUGGCUCUGCGCGCCAAGCAGAAGAGAGCCGCGCCAAAGGCAGGCGUCGACCUCUCCGGCCCGUGCGUCGAGGCGGCGCCGGUGGCGUCGCGCGACCCGAACGACCCGCGCAGCAACCGCCCGUGGACGGUCGAGGGCGGGCACCUCCAAGACUCCAAGGGCGGGCACCUCGACCGGCUCGACCUGCUGGCCGAGGUGGCGGCCAAGCGCCCCGAGGGAGGGGCGCAGCAGCCCUCCCCCUUCAACUGGCUGCAGACCGCCAUCACCUCGAUGCAGCUGUAG